GAGCGCACACCACAUGGGGGGUAUUUUUCAUCUUUUUCGUAGUGCUGGUGCACCUGAAGUAGCUGAAUACUGUGUAGGUGUUUGUUCGUUGCCUUAGAGUGAGUUUCACAUGGUGUUGCAGUGAAGAUGAGUGACUCGCUGGAGAGGACUACAGACUGUCCCUUGCCCCUGGCUGGCGAUAACUCCAAUGCAGAGGAGGAGAAGGACAGUGUGGGAGGUUCAAGUGAGUUAUGCUGGGAAGAUGGAGGCCUGCCUGGGGAGCUCCAGAGAGGCAUGGAGACGUUGCGUGUGAGUGGAGAGCUGACCGACGUGACUCUGAGCGUUGAGGGACAGGACUUCUCUUGCCACAGAGCUGUACUUGCUGCUGCCAGUCACUACUUCAGAGCGAUGUUCUGCAGUGGUCUGAGGGAGAGUCAUGAGGAACGAGUGGAGAUAAAGGGGCUGGACUGUGAGACGAUGCGUUUUCUCCUGGACUACACCUACACAAGCCAAGCCAUCAUCACACACGGCAACGUUCAGAAAAUACUAGAGGCCGCCAGUCAGUUCCAGUUCUUGCGUGUGGUGGAUGCAUGUGCUGGCUUUCUGAGCAAGUCUCUCCACCCGGAGAGCUGCGUUGGGGUCUUACGCCUGGCUGACAGUCACGCUCUACCGGCUCUGAGGAUCAGGGCUCAGGACUACAUCAUCUCUGAGUUCUCCCAGGUCAUCCAGCAGGAGGACUUCCUAGAAAUGCCAGCGGAGGCUCUGGAGUCUGUCCUGCAGAGGGAUGACCUCAACGUGACUUGUGAGGAGUGUGUUUUUGAAGCACUGAUGUGCUGGGUGAGAGGCCAGGAGGAUGAACGGUGUCCGUUGCUGGCCAGGCUGCUGUCUUAUGUGCGACUGCCGCUGCUGGAGCCAGCAUACUUUGUGGAAAAAGUGGAAUCAGAUGAGCUGAUUCGCCACUGCAGUGGGGCAUUUCCUCUGUUGCAGGAGGCACGCAUCUAUCACCUGUCUGGCAGGGAGGUGGUGUCUGAGCGAACCAAGCCCCGUGUGCGGCACUUCUUAUCAGAGGUGUUCAUGAUCAUCGGUGGCUGCACUAAAGACGAACGCUUCAUUUCCACUGUCACUUGUCUGGACCCUCUUAGACGCAGCCGGCUGGAGGUCGCCAAGUUACCAAUCACAGAGAUGGAAGAGGAGUCCCAAAACAAGAAAUGGGUGGAGUUUGCUUGCAUCACCUUUCGCAAUGAAGUGUACAUAUCUGGCGGUAAAGAGACAAAACAUGAGGUCUGGAAGUAUAAUGGCGCUCUGGACAGAUGGAUCCAGAUGGAGCCCCUGUUAACUGGACGCUGGAGACACAAGAUGGCAGUUCACAGGGGGAAGGUCUAUGCACUUGGAGGAUUUGAUGGGAUUCAGAGACUCAGUAGCGUUGAGGCUUAUGAUCCCUUUCACAAUCGCUGGACACAGGUCUCACCCCUUUUGCUAGGUGUGAGCUCUUUUGCUGCUGCAAGCUAUGAUAGGUGGAUCUAUGUGAUUGGGGGCGGGCCCAACGGGAAGCUGGCCACUGACAGGGUUCAGUGCUGGGAGCCAGGAACAGAGAACUGGGAGCUGCGGGCGCCCAUCCCCAUUGAAGCAAAAUGCACUAACGCAGUCACAUUCAAGGACUGCAUCUAUGUAGUUGGUGGUGCCAUGCACGCCAUGUACUGCUACUCCCCUCUCUCAGACUCCUGGUCCCUCGUGACCCGACUGGGCGAGAGGGCAAGCUGCGCCAUCGCUGCUUGCAACAACAAACUCUUCAUCACCGGGGGCCGUGAUGACAAGAACCAAGUCAUAUCCACUGUGAUGUGCUGGGACACCACCAAUGGAGCGCUGACGGAGGAGUGUGUGCUACCUUUAGGAGUCUCACACCAUGGCAGUGUAACUCUCAUGAAGUCCUACACACAUAUACACAAACUAUCACCGGCUGCAAACUGCAUAUGACAUGGACUCACACAAUCUUGUAUGUAUGUCAACAAGAAAAUGCAAGGGACAUGAGAAUGAAGACAAUGU